CGCGACCCGUAGUUUCCCACAAUACAAAGAUGGCAGCGGUCGGUGGUGGAACCGGACCCGAGCUUUCUAAAGCUGAGUACUUAAAGCGGUAUUUAUCAGCUGACGACAACCAUGGUGCAUCUAAAGGAAAAGGCAAGAAGAAACGAAAAAAGCUUCCUGAAACAAGACUUAAAAUAGUAGACGAUGAUAUUGAUUGGAGACAAAUGGUCCAACAGCAGCCGGAUGUCGAAGAGGAUGAAGAGGAAGCUCCGGUGAUUGCAGAGUUCAUCGAUGAGCGGCCAGAAGAGGUGAAACAGAUGGAGGCCUUUAGGACCAGUAACAGAUGGAAAAUAGUUGGGGCGGAUGAAGACGAAGACAAAACAAUUGACGAAGAAAAUGAGCAGGAGGAGCCUUUAACAUCUAAAAAAAGUCGGCAUGACUCACCAGAGCUGUCAUCGAAAAGUGGGAGACAUGGUUCCCCUUUCAAAAAACCAAGACACGACUCUCCAGACAUUUCUCCUCCUAGGAGAGGACGCCAUGACUCUCCGGAUAAAUCCCCUCCCAGGAGAGGACGCCAUGACUCUCCGGAUAAAUCCCCUCCCAGGAGAGGACGCCAUGACUCUCCGGAUAAAUCUCCUCCUAGGAGAGGACGCCAUGACUCUCCGGAUAAAUCUCCUCCUAGCAGAGGACGCCAUGACUCUCCCAGCAAGUCUCCUUCAAGGCAACAUUUAAGGAAGUCUGGGAAAGUUAAAAGUAAAGAGUCUUCUCCCACUAGAAGGAAGCCCAGCUCAUCGUUACACGGUAAACCAAGGUCGCCAGAUGAUCGGCGGUCUCCUUUAGCUCAUAAGACUAAGGUUAGGCUGGAUUCAGACUCCGAUCAAUCUCCUCCACGGAAAAAGCAAUCGAAGCGAGAAGCUUCCGACUCUGACCAGUCUCCCCCUCGGAGACGCUCCAGAACAAGGCAGAGAUCCGAUUCCGACCAGUCUCCACCAAGAAAGCACUCGAGGAGUGGAAAGGACUCGGAUGGAGAUCUGUCACCACCACGGAGACCUGGCCAGUCUCAUGACCACAGGAUGCUUUCCGGAGGAAAGGCUGGUUUGGUAUCUGUGGAGAUUCUAAGGGAAGAGCAAAAGGAAAACCGACGCAGAGAAAAAAAGAAUCAACCUCUUGAAGAUGAAUCUCGUAAUGCGGAGACGGUCUUCCGAGACAAAAGUGGCAAAAGGAGGGAUUUGACCUCAGAAAGGGAGGAGCAGAAGAGAAAAGCAGGAGAAAAGGCUGCAAAAGAUGAAAAAUAUGCCCAGUGGGGUAAAGGGCUGGCUCAGAAUCAGAUGGAGCAGCAGAAGCUGGAGGACGCCCUGCUGGAAGCCCAGAAGCCCUUGGCCCGUCACCGUGACGACGAAGAUCUGGACCGCAUGUUGAGGGAGCAGGAGAGGGACGGGGAUCCCAUGGCUGCCAUGCUUCGGCGGAAAAAGGAAAAAAGCUCAAAAACACAAGACAAACCUCGCUACAAUGGACCUACGCCACCCCCAAACCGUUUCAACAUUCCUCCCGGUUACCGUUGGGAUGGAGUGGACAGGUCGAAUGGGUUUGAAAAGAAGCGCUACAUGCGUUUGGCGGAUAAGAAAGCCAUGCAGGAGGCAGCUUAUAAAUGGAGCGUGGAGGACAUGUAAAGGCACUAGACCAUCGUGUAGAUGGAACUGCAAACGGACACAUCUCAACAAAAAAAUGACCCAAAUGUUCCACCUCAUCUUUCCAAAUCUGUUUCAUUACAGAAAACUGUACACAGAAGUAAUGGAUCAUAGUGGCUUUAUUUUAAUUAAUGUACAAAAAAAGAAAAAUACUUUUGUGUCUGUUUUAAUAAACUCGAUUUUUUUGUAAA